AUGUCGGUCACAGAGCAGCAGAGGCCCUGCUAUGUCUGCGUCCAGGAUCACCUCCUCAUCGCCGCCGCCGACAACUCGGUGCUCUGCUGGGAUCUCGCUCUGCUGGCGGAGGCGGCGGCUGAGCCGCGAGAGCCGCAGAAGCCGUCGCGGGUGCUGCCGCUGUGCGCGGCGCAGGUGGGGUGCCGCGUGCAUAGCCUGGCGCAGGGCCAAGUGCUGGCGCUGGGCCUGGAAGACGGCAGCAUCGAGCUGCGGAGUCCCAAGCUGUCGCUGCUGUCCCGGCGCGUGGGCCACCGCUCAGCGGUGUCGGCGCUGCAGAUGACGGAGCAGGGUCUUGUGACCGGAGACGACACAGGGAACCUCAUCAGCUGGAAGUGCGACGAGACGCUGCCGGGGGAGGACUGGGAGAUCCUGUGGUCGCAGCAGCACACGGGCCGCGUGGUGGCGGUCACCGAGGCGGCGGGGGACUUGGUGGCCAGCGCGGCGCUGGAUGGCCGCGUCAUCGCCUGGGAUAAGGAGGACGGGAGCUUCGUCUUCUGCAUUCCCAGCCACAAGGCCUGGCUGGGCUCCGUGUGCGUCUCGGAGGAAGGCGACCUCAUGGUCACCGAUGGCAGGGACAAUGCGGUGUAUCUCUACGACUUUGGCGCAGGGGAACCCUAG